AUGUCUGGUGCUCCUAUAACAGACAAUAGUACAACAGAGGACCACCCUCUAGAAUAUAACCCAGAGGUGAUGUCUGGUGCUCCUAUAACAGACAAUAGUACAACAGUGGACCACUCUCUAGAAUAUAACCCAGAGUUAGGUGAUGUCUGGUGUUUCUAUACAGAUAAUAAUACAACAGAGGACCACCCUCUAGAAUAUAACCCAGAGGUGAUGUCUGGUGCUCCUAUAACAGACAAUAGUACAACAGAGGACCACCCUCUAGAAUAUAACCCAGAGGUGAUGUCUGGUGCUCCUAUAACAGACAAUAGUACAACAGUGGACCACUCUCUAACAUAUACCUCUGAGUUAAGUGAUAUCCAGUGUUUCUAUAAACCGACAAUAGUACAACAGUGA